CGGCUGAUGGACACGAAGGUCCGGCCCUUGACUGGCACUUGCGUCGACCAGUGGGCGGAGUGAUGCGCUGUGCAAGCAUGCUCACGACGGCUGCUGCCCACUACCCGUACAAGUAGACGAGACUUCCGCAUUCCUGAAAGUCUCUCUUCUCUUGUCACGCUUCACGGGUCUGAAGGUCGCGCAUUCGCCCACACUCUCUUUACCACCAUCACAGUCGUUCCCUAGAGAUCUUUGAUAGAUCUGCACACUCAUUGUGUCGGAAGAUUUCUCACCAGCGAAUCAGCGAACAUACGCAGUCGGAAAUCGCAAGUCGAUCCCCAAACAUUACCGCAUCCGGAAAAGUCUUGGACUCUCAGCAUCACCAUGUACACCAACAGCUUGCUCGCCGUGACUGGCGCAUUGCUCUCUCUUGCGGCCGCGGUGCCUCAUGCGGAUCCUCACCGCCACCAUCACAAGAAGGACUACGUCUACGUGGAGCAUACCGAAGUCGUCUACGAGACCGUUCCAGUCACCAAGACCGUUUGGGUUGAGCCCGGUCACUCUGUUCCAACUCCUUCCAACCCUCCAGCCGAUAAGCCUGCAUCUUACCCCAAGCCAUCAUCUCCAGAGGCACCAAAGAACAAGGCUCCUGCGCCUCCAGCGUACUCUGCUCCUCCACCGCCUGCGUACUCCGAGCCAGCGCCUCCUGCGUAUUCUGAGCCCGCACCUCCUGCACCCAAGCCUGAGAGCAGCCCACCUCAAUAUGUCCCACCUCCACCACCGGCCCCGACAUCAACCUCCACAUAUGUUGCGCCACCAGCUCCCACCUACGCUCCGCCACCAGUUCAGGAAGCUCCUGCUCCAGCCCCUGCUCCAGCACCUUCGCAAGAGUCAUCUGGAAGCACCAGCGGUAAGAGCUCCGGCCUGAGUGGCAUGGCUUCUCCUGGCAAGUCAUACACUGGCGAGCUCACCUGGUACGAUGUCGGUCUUGGUUCAUGCGGAUUCACAAACACCAAAGAUGAGCACGUCGUUGCAAUUUCCCACGAGAUCUUCGACGCAUACAGCAAUGGCAACCCCAACAAGAACCCAUUGUGCGGCUGUACCGUAACCAUCACCGGAAAGGACGGCUCGAAGCACCAGGCCAAGGUUGUGGAUCGCUGCGUGGGUUGCGUGGCAGCCGACUUGGAUUUGUCGCAAGACUUCUUCAACCUGGUCACCAACAACGGCGAUGGCCGUGUUGGCGGUAUGGAAUGGUGCUUCGACUAAAAUUGGAGAAAUGCAUCAAAUCUCAUUCUUCCACUUCACGACAAAACAUCAAUUCGCGGCAUUUUCACCCUCGUCUACUUUGGUGUUUAUCAUUUUGGGAGAAUUGGUCACCGGAGUUCAUCUCUGGCAUGGGAACAGACAAACCCAAAAACGGCAUGGGAACAUACGAGCACUUUCUCAAGGAGUGACUUUUUGACGACGAGAUGUUAUGACAGGAUACCAACACACUUUUGGACAGACACCACAGCUUCAUAUCCCAGGGGGAAGAGCAUGGAGAGUGAGAAGGCAGGACUUCCGCGUGUAUGGUCUUAUCGGCCAUGCGAGACGGUUGCUGUUGGCGACGAUAUAGAAAAACUCUUGUUCGUGUCUAUAGACUUUUCUUCUGCAAAAACAAGUUGUUGCACACAAAAUCACCAAAUCACAAAUGAUACAAACAGUAAAAUGUCAUCACCAUGUGGCAGGCUAUGCUGGUCGAACG